GCGAAUGGCACUGCUAGAUAAAAACUGGUUCAACAGACUUCUCCCGGAUAGAGAGGGACCUACGGGACCUACCCGGUCGGAAUAUCAUUAGUAUAAUCUCAUUAUAGUUAACGCUGUUAGUGCUGGCAAGUCUAGCGUCGGUACGGUUCCCUAGCGCCAACGUUAGCCACCGAAACAUGCCCAUUGCUCGGAGUGUGACGCCUGUUUUUUUUCUGGCUGCCGCUGGUCGAGGGUAGUGAUGCGAGCCGACCUGCAGCGCGACAGAGGGUGAGACAAGAGCUAUAACCGGAAAAUAUUUUUCUCGGCACAGGAGAAUGGACUUUGUCGUGGGGAAGCAGACGAGCUCACUCAAAGAAGCAGGCAUGCGACCGCACACGGGCCUGGAUGUCAUUGUUGGGCAACAACUUUAGCAAGCUAGCUAACGUUAGCUCUCUCAAAUUCAUGCAAAUGAAUCAGUUUGGUAUCGGGCAGUAAGCUCACUUUGCUAGCGUAAUGGAGGCACCCUGAGUGACUUGUUCAUUUGAAUUGACUGUCCUGGUCCUGUUAAAUACUGCCGGCAAUGUGCUGACGACUAGGGAGCCUUUAGUCGGUUCCCACUUGGAGCUUAAGGACACGGUUGGCAGAAAUUAUUAAGUGCUGGUUGCCUGCCUGGGUGAUAGUUUAGCAAAGUUGCCUGGCCUGGCAAAGAAAUAAUUACUGAAACUAUCUAUUUCGCGCGGGUAUCACAUAUUUCUUGCAUUGAUAUUUGUGUGAAAUUGCACUUUAAUUAAUUUUUCAAGAAUGCACCAAAAUGACCUGUGAUUCAGGGGUUGGUGAAAAUUAAAAUUGAAAGAGCCGUCAAUACAACAAACCGUUCAAGGUAUAGGAAUAAUUUUUUGAUUGCACUUGCAUAUAAUUUGGUCAAUUAAGGACCAGGAUAGGUGCACAUCUACAUAUAUUGUUGUGAGAGACUGGCUCAUCCAUGUCAUCUGGCUCCUAGUUGCUGUUGAACCUAAUAUCUAGGCUGUCUGGCACAGUUAAAGACUGAGUUUCACUGGAAAUGAAAACAUGAAUAUCGAAGAGCAGUGUUUAGAUUUGUGCAAUGUCAAGACAAAAGGCAAUGUUGAUGAUGAUCACAACACUACUAACAACACAGAAGGGGUCACCCCUCGGAUCUCUGAACUGAUGACAGAUAGUAACACAGAAAAGCAAAAUACUGUUCCCACAGAGGCCUCUGAAACAUACCUGAUGCCUCAGCUCACUGACAACCUUCAGACAGCUGAGGAGGAUAACCACCAGGUACAAGACACACUGGAAAUUGAUGAGGUCAAUGGAAACAGAAAAAGCAGUGCCAUUGACACCCCUCUGAUAGCGAAUCCCACUGACUUGAUCUUUUCUAAUGAUGAGCAGCACAAGAACGAUAUUGGGGUGGAGCAAAUGAAGGAAGAGAAAGACACUGAUCCUGUUGUGGGUAAAGGAGAUGAUGGUGGGGACAUGGACAUGGGUGUGGAUUUGAGUCUGGAUGAGAGUGGGGUGCUGGAAGCUGAAUCGACAAACGUCAGGUCAUUGUCAGACAAUACUUUAGACUCAGAGUCCACGUCUCAGGAUGUCCCAGUGGGCAGCACGGCAGAAAGUCCGUCAGAUGCAAGCCAGACGAGUAGCACAGAGGCUUCUGCCACAGACCAGGCUGGACUGUACCCCUCGGUGGAGGAGGAGGACAAUAAACAGAAACCAAGUGGCAAAAGGGUGACAUUUCCCUCAGAUGAGGACAUUGUCUCUGGAGCAGUGGAGCCCAAGGACCCCUGGAGACAUGCUCAGAAUGUGACAGUGGAGGAGAUCCUCUCUUCCUACAAACAGGCCUGUCAGAAACUCAACUGUAAACCUAUACCCAAAGUGCUCAAACAGAUACAGGAACUGAAAGACCUGACACAGCGAAAUGAAUGCUUAGAUCUCAAAGGUGAGAAGCUGGACUACAAAGCAUGUGAGUCUCUGGAAGAGAUUUUGAAGAGGGUCCAGUUUAAAGUGAUAGACCUGGAGCAGACCAACCUGGAUGAAGAUGGUGCAUCAGCUCUGUUUGACAUGAUAGAGUAUUAUGAGUCAGCCACACAUCUCAACAUCUCCUUCAACAAGCACAUUGGCACUCGAGGAUGGCAGGCUGCCGCUCACAUGAUGAGAAAGACGAGCUCUCUGCAGUAUCUCGAUGCACGUAACACUCCUCUGCUGGACCACUCGGCUCCCUUUGUAGCGCGAGCACUCAGGAUCAGUGGCAGCCUGGCAGUCCUCCACCUGGAGAAUGCUGGCCUGUCUGGCAGGCCACUCAUGUUACUGGCUACGGCUCUGAAGAUGAAUAUGAACCUGCGGGAGUUGUACCUUGCAGACAACAAGCUCAAUGGCCUACAGGACUCAGCCCAACUUGGCAACUUGCUCAAAUUCAACUACAACAUCCAGAUCCUGGACCUGCGUAACAACCACAUCCUGGACUCUGGUCUGGCUUAUGUGUGCGAAGGACUAAAAGAGCAGAGGAAAGGCCUCGUCACUUUGGUGCUAUGGAACAACCAGCUCACACACAAUGGGAUGGGUUACCUCGCUGCUGCACUGCCAUGCACCCAGAGUCUUGAGACUCUGAACCUUGGCAAUAACUCAGUGGGUAACGAAGGGGUCCACAAGCUGAAAGACGGACUGAUUGCCAACCGCUCUGUGCUCAGACUGGGCCUCGCUUCUACCAAACUGUCCUGCGAAGGAGCUGUGGCUGUGGCUGAAUUCAUCGCUGAGAGCCCCAGACUGGUGCGCCUGGACCUUCGAGAGAAUGAGAUCAAGACAGGUGGACUGAUGGCCCUGUCACUCGCCAUAAAAGUCAACACCUCUCUGCUACGUCUCGAUCUCGACCGGGAGCCCAAGAAAGAAACUGUGAAGAGUUUCAUUGAGACCCAGCGCGCCCUGCUUUCUGAGAUCCAGAACGGCUGCAAGAGGAACUUCAUCCUGGCUAAAGAGAAGGAGGAAACCGAGCAGAAGAUGAGGCAAUCAGCCUCCAUGGCUGAAAUCGCCACAGAGGAUGGAACUAGAGAACAGGAGGAGGAAGCAGCAUCUGGGGAGAGAGCUGAUGGAGGGGGGAAAGGGGGAGAAGAAGAGGAAGGGGGUGGAACAACAGGAAAUGAAGGACAGACAAGCAACCAGGCAGGAGCAAGCUCUGAGAUCGUUUCUCAAGUAAAUCUGGAGUCGGACUCGGACACUGAGGAUGAAGAGGAAGAGGAGGUGGUAACGAAGUCCUCCUCCACGUCAAACUCCUACACUCAUUCAAACCAGACUGCUCCUCAAACCCGGAAAGCGGCUAAACCCCCCCCCCUUAGUGCCUCAUGUACGUCAUCAUCCCAGUCUGCUUCACCUGCUGGAGGGCCAAGUCUCAUUUCUGGCAUCACAGUCACAGAAUCCGCAGUUCCUCCUGGCACCCCUCCAUCUCCUGGUCGCUGUAUAUCAGUCUCAAGCCCAGGGAGGGGACAUAAGAUCUUCAUGGUAACCCGGGUGGAGAGCCCCCCUGAGCAGCAGCAGCUACAACUCCCGUUAAGUGCACCAGCAGCUCCCAGCCAAACUAAAGAGGCUUCAAAGAAGCCUGUAGAAACAAACACACAGCCCAUCACACAGCAGACACAGCCCCUGCCUGCACCUCAAACACCUACACAAACACAGCUAACACAGGAGGACAUGAAGGAGCGCUCACCUGCUCCGUCAACAGACUGUAAACUGACAGAGCAGAGUCCAGUAGCACACUCAGAAUCUGCAGUAAAUACUACACAGACCCACACAUUAGAGCCACAGUGUCAACCCAGAGAGGAUGUAACAGCUAAUACCUUAGACGCAGAAGUGACAGAUCCAAAUCUACAAGCACCAGCCCUGCCUUCAGAUUCCUCCCCGGUGCAGGCUGCAGCAUUUCAGCUCACUGAGGAGGUAAUAAAGAGCACCAAAAUCCCCCAACUUGAGCCCACUUGUGAAGAGGGAGAGAAGGAAGGAGAGGCGCAAGAGGAAGACCCUAUGGAAGAUGAAAGAGAGGUAAUGUCCCCUGAUAGCACAGAAGAAGAGUGUAAACAGUUAGGAGAACUGAGUCAAACCCAGGAUAGCAUCCCUGCAGUAGACACACAACAGCAACAGUUAACAUCUGCAGCUGAACAGCUACAGAAUGAGCUAGCAUCUGCAUCAGAGGACACGCAGUCACCAAACCAAACAGAGGAAGAAGAGAGAGAGGAGGCACCUAAACACGAAGAGAAGCAGGAAGCACCAGCCAGCUUGUCAGAAAUCAAAAAGCCCAGUUUAACGGAGAAAGAAGACAGCCUGCCAAAUCAAGAGCAACCAAAUGAAAAGCAGCAAAUAAAAACAGAUGAACAGAGAGCAGAGUCUGUUCUCUCUGUCCAGACUGAUCAACAGGCACAAUGUGUCAUUCAGAGUGGAGCACACGAGACAAAUCCUCAAGCAGACAAAGCCUCCGAGAGUCCCGAAUCUGCCACGACCUGCUCUGUCUCCCCAGUCGAAGUGGAGGAUUCACCCGAUGAGAGCUCUGCAGACGAGGUCGAGUGUUUCGCCGAGGCUCUAGAGGGAGAGGUAGUUGGUUCAGCGCUUCCCAACGGCCUGAAGCCCGAGUUCUCUCUCCAUCUCCUUGAUGCUGAAAGCCCCAAGCCCAGCAGCUGUGUGAUGGAGCACGUGAGCGUCAGCUGUGGACAGGACCUAGAGGAGCUGCUGCUAGAAGCCAGUUUGGAUACGGGGAGAGAUGCACCAUGAGGUUGUGAGGGACCGCAAGGACAGGAGAAAACAGCACUCAGAUAGUUUGUCUGGCUCUACUACGUGACUGUUGGCCCUACAAUGUUUUUCUCGUUUCUUUUACUUUACCAACAACAUGAUGUUUCCAUAAAGGACAAAAGACCUGGUGUUACAGUUGAAGCUCUAUACACAAAAAUACAAGCAAAUUAUGGGAAAGACACAAAGGACAAAAUCAACCUCUCGAGCUUGGCUGUGACAAAUAAGGAAUCCUCUACAUCCACACUACAUCAACCACUGAAUCACAUACAUGUGCACACUGAGUAUGAGAAAGAGGGGGGAAAAAGAGAAAUAAAAUCACACUGUUAUCACUACAUUUUGUCAAUCUGAAAUCUUUACACGCAACGCAACCACCUGUGGGAGAGAAAGAAGAGAGAUGGGGGACAAAGGAGGGAGGAUAAAACACUAACCAAAGACAGAUCACAGACCUUUCUCACAGCCCAUACUCGCUCUCCUCUGUAGAUUUACACUGUAGUUGGAGAAAUAACUAGCAAUUAAAGGUUUUUCAUAACACAUACACAAAGACAUAACGGUGAUGAUAAGAAAAGGGUGGUUGAUGGCACACUCAGACAAGACAAAAUAACGGUGACGGACCGGUGAUGGACCCUGCCGAGUGGACCUGCUGGCUUUAAACACUUGUUCUGGGGGUGGAAGUAGGUCACCGUCAAAGGCUUUUAUAACCACGGACGCUGAAGAGGUUAACGUGUCUGUUUAAAUGUCAACGUUUUAUGUCUGUGUCCCCACUCCCACUCAUUCUCCCCCUUUGGAAAAAAAAAACUAAGGGACCUCUGCCAAAGUGACUUCCCCUCUUGUCUGUUUUCUCGUCCUCUGCUCACUUUGGCCCCUCAGGAAUCAGUGUCCCCCCCUCUGGUCAGUCUCUUCAGACCUAAUGUGGAGGAAUCGCGACUGUAUCCCGCCUGUCUCCGCUUUUUGAGAGUCACAAAGCUGAAAAACCCAGAACUUCUGCGAAUGUCGGAAAGCAAUGCUGUCUGCUUUUGAUUGAGUUGUUUACAGUAAAAAAGAAAAAGGUCGUUUGUCUUUGAUUAUCUGCAACUUCAGACACUAUUAUUGCUUUAUUCAACCAGUCAUUGUUGUGUAAAACUCUUUCAAGAAAAGCAGCUCGAUCUCUGUCGUCAUCUCCCCUCUCCAUCCUCGUGUCCCUCAGUCUUCCAUUGGUACUUUGUGCCAUCUCACCUCUCUGCUCCAGCUCACAUUCAUGUUGCCUUCAAACUCACCACUUCAGAUUCAGUCUUUGUUUUUUGUUUUUUUUGUUUGGCUGCUUUGAGAAAUUAGUUAUUUUGUAUUUAUUUUAUAGCUAUAUGAGCCUUUUCUGAUUUAUUCCCCCCCCCCCUUUUCUUCUUCACCCCUCCUCAUUUUAUCUUUUCUUUUCCAUUUGGGGGUUGCUUUUAAAGGUUGCCCUCCUUUUUGUUGUAUAUUUCAGAUUCAAACUAGAGCAAAUAUUUAGGUUUUUUUUUUUUUUUCGUUUUUUGUUUUGUUUUUUUGGAGGGGGAGGGGGCAAAUCCUUGUUGGGAGGAAAGGUAAAUAUGAUUGAAUGGUUGAUAUUGAUAACAGUCGGGGUGCAGUACUGAAAGCGAAUACAAUGACACUUCAAACAUAAUCAAAAUCCUUGUUGUUGCUUUAAUGCUACUCUGCUGGGUGAAGCUGUGGCCACAUGGGGGCGCUGGUGGUUGUUUUCUUUUUUUCCCUACAGUGGAGCCAGAACAAAGAAUAUCACGGUAUCAUAUUAAAACACACUGCAGGCGCUAAAGUCUCUGUUCAAAUCCAACUCCUGUCCUGAAUUUUCCAGAGCAAGGCAGUAAAACUUUAAAAACAAAUGUAAACUUCAUGUAUGUUUGUGAAGAGAGCUGGUUUGCCCUGCUUUGAAUUUUUUCCCGAGACAGAUACAGGCAGGUGUGUUAUUUGUUUUUGUUUUGUUUUUUCUUCUGAAAAGGAGCAUAUUUCGACCCUCCUGCUCUUCUCCACCCAACAGAUAGUUUGCCCCCACUGUUUGUAAUGCUUUAAUUUUUAGAAAUUUUUAAUAAUAAUUUGUUAACUUAAUUGAAAUGUGCUGGUAAUCACAAAGAUAUGUAUGGCGAAAUUUGUUCCUCUCAAAUAAAUGCAUGUAAUGACUAAUGAUAUGACUGAAUGAUUCAAUUAAAUUACUCAGUAUAGAACGUCAAAAUAUCUAAACACUGCAGAUGAAUACAUAAAUCUCAGAAAAAGUGUGUACAGAUCAGGUUUGGUUCGGAUGUUUGGAUACAGCUGGUGGUUCUUUUUCAAAUGUGUGAUUUGGGUUGACUAGUUAACCACAUCCACCGUAUAAAAUCUCUUGAUCAUUAGCUCAUGGGUAGCCAGCGGAUCUAUAUCAAAGUAAUAUUGUAUGUAUUUGAAUUUCAGCAGGUUACAUUUUUGUUUACAUUUCCAAAGACUGUGUUUGAGGUCUAAUUUGUUUAUUUAUUUAAUCCUUAUCCUCCUCCUGCUGAACUACCAAUGUAGGUGAGGGAGGGGAGUUCAGUGUUGUGCUUUACUUGCCAAGCCACACACAUUUUUUGUCAUCCAAUCAAAUUUCAGAGAUUCAAUUCAAAUCGUUUUGUAUUGAACCCACCCUUAUAUAUCAGUCUCUAAAUAACAUCCCUAUACUGGAGGUAAAGCUUUGUUUAUGGAGUUACUGUAAGUCAUCAUUACGACUUCGACAUUUUUUCUGAAAGCUCCGUUAUAUCUGACGCAGCACUUACUAAUACAAAACUGACUGAAAUCAACGCAAAUGUGGACUCCUCACAUAAGCCAAAGACUAUUGUUCAAUGUAAUUAAACCCACAUUUAAUAGAUAUGGUGAUAUAUUGUGGACAAUAUUUUUAAUUCACACAACAGUUUUGAUUUGUCAGUUGCUCGCAAGUUGUUACAUGGGAAUCACAGCAAUGUUGACAUCAGCAUGCAAACAUGUUGACAAUGUUUAUCAUGUCAUAUAUCUUAGUUUAGCAUGUUAAUAUGCUAAUAUUUGUAAAUUAAUAUAAAAGAAAAAAUAAGGCUGAUGGAAAUGUCAUUAGUUUGGCAGGUAUUUGGUCAUAAACCAAAGUAAGUGAUAAGUUGAAAGUUUGCAUGAUGAUGGCGUUUGAUUAAAAGUCAGAGCGUCGCCAAAGUUAUUGUCACUCAACAAUGCCUGAACCAAAUUUCAUGGCAAUCCAUCCAGUAGUUGUUGCAGUAAGAACCGCAAAUGUUAACCUCCUGGUGGCGCUAGAGGAUUAUCAACCCCAUGAGCCAUGUCUGUACAAAAUUUCAUGGCGUUCCCUCUGACAGUUGUUGAGAUAUUCUAGUCUGGAGCAAAGUGGUGGACCAGCUGACACUGCCAUAGAGCCACACCGCUGUAAAUGCAAAUGUUCAAAAGCAACAUCUCUAUCCAGAAAGUAGUUCCACAACCUGAGGGUCCGGAUCUCACAACUGAUCACAAGUUUAAUCUGAAUGAUCACAUGAAUGUUAACAAGUUAAGAAAAGUAACCCGUUACCAAUUCAUUUUUCAGAUGUUCCUCCAAUUUUUGCUUUUGUUGUCGUAAUUUUUGGAAAAUUGUAGGUUUCGUGUCUUUUUAAAAAUAUUCAAAUAAAACAAAGGAAAAAAAUCAUUUUGGUUGAACUGGUAACCAAUCAUGAGGGGCCACAAGUAGAUGUUGCUUCAGUUUAAGGCGGAACUGAUUAUGGAAAGAGAAAUUUAUGCAGAAACUUCCCCUCAGCUGGUGUGAUGUGGUGGUGAGGGGUGAGGGGGUUCACGUCUCCUGGGUGGAGGGUGUAUAGCCAUGGCAGGGGGUCGAGUACAGUGUGGGAGCUCUGCUCUGUACGUCUCCUCUGAAGGAAUUCCAGACCACACUAAUCCACUCCUACACUAUAAUGCUCCAGUAAUACAGGAGAUUGUGAGAAAGUCAGAAGUUAUUAAAAAGUGAUUUUUAGUGACCCUUCAUUACUUACAUGACCCCAGUGUGUUGAAUGUCCCUAACAUGUAACAGGGUCCUUUGUUCUUAUAUCUAAAGCCAGUUGCCAGUUUUUCAUUUGUAUGACUAGCCUAAAUAUACUGUUUCCAACCAUUUCCUAUGACCCCUCAAAAUGAAGAAAUAUCUACUGUGGCAACUGUCAAGAUUAAAUCUGUGCAACUACUUUGUUUUCCAAUUACUUUUUGAACAGAUAAGUAAUUGCUGCCUGAGUUAUCUUUACUGACAAUAGAGAAGGAAGGUCACAAGAGCCCUGUGGUUAAGCUUAGGGAAAGAUUGUGUUUCCAUUAAAUGUAAACAUGUUGUGUCCUGUGCUUCAAAUCACUGUUAACUUUUUCAGUGUUGGACCAAAGCUACAAUUUUUUCCUUACCUUACCUAAGUGCUGGUUAAGGUCUAAGGACAGAGGCUGUUGUAUGUUGGUAUGUUACACUGGUCUACGUUAGUAAAAUUGACUUGACUUGCAGUGAGUGCCUAAACAUAACCGUCAAAACAUUUUGAUCAUGCUUUAGUUGCUAUGAGCAGAUAUUGUAGAAAAACAAAUUAAACGCAUAGUAAAUGAACAUUUAGUAGAUACAUUUAUUAACGUUUUAAUAAUUUAAAAAUAGUAAUUUACAGAUCAUUACUUAUUAUUUUUAGAUGUUAGACACUAAAACUAUCUGGUUAUUUCACAAGAUGAAGCAAUAAAUUGAGUUAGCUUAGCUUAGUUUAGCUUAGCAUCGUAGAGACUGAUUGGUUGCCUGGCAACCUCACGUUGACAAUAAAACUUACCAAUGCUGGCAGGCAGACUGUUUUACUGUUAGACAGAGGCAGGCUAGCUGUUUCCCCCUGUUUCCAGUCUUUAUGCUAAGCUAAGCUAACCAUCUGCUGAAGGUAGCUUC